AUGGCAGUCUCACAGAUGGGGUUAAAAUAUGGUGUUUGGGGGAAUGACCACAUUCACAGUGGCCUGACUCCUAUCGAUUCUCUAUUCCCCACAAGCGUGAACAGGCUGUCCCCUGAUGAGCGUCUUUUACAGCAACUGAACAAGCGUCAUGAGGAGUAUCAAAAAACUCAACUAUACCAAUUCACGACCCGUGAGCUUGUCGACCUUGAUGCUAUCAGCAGCCGAUCCUUAAAGUCACCAGACCUUUCGAAUUACACUCAUAGAAUAAUGGCAUAUCGGCGUUGGGAGACCAAUGUAGAUUUCUUGUCUGGAAGGACAGGACUUUAUCCUAUUGGUAAUGGUUAUCCUGGAGAUUGGGUUGCAACCAAUCCCAUAGUCUGGACAGCUAUCCUUCCGUGCUUACAACUUGCAACUCGUAUGAUAAUGAACUUUCACAUGCUGCCUUGGUUUGAUGCGUUACUCAAAGGGGAUACGCGCCCUGUCGCUGGCAAUAGACUUCCACCAUCACCGCUGGCAAAUCCGUCGUCAGCUCCCGUUUUCAUCCCUCCUAAGAGUACUUUGCAUACGCGAGACGGCCAAAGCUAUACAUUCGCGGAGACUGAGAAUGAACGGGAUGAGAUUUUCAAGUACAUGAUCAGUGCCAAGUUGCACCUUCAAUGA